GCCGCUUCCUCCUCUUUCGCCAUAUUGACGACGCGGUAAGAUGUCGGCAGCGCCGGGCUGGCGGUAACCCGUCGGAUAUCAGCGCCAUCCUAAGGAGUGGUGUUGUUUGUUCCCAUUUCGCUCCAAGCAUCAUGGUGCGCAUGAAUGUUCUCGCCGAUGCCCUUACAAGCAUCAACAACGCAGAGAAACGUGGAAAACGGCAGGUUCUCAUCCGACCAUGCUCCAAAGUGAUCGUGAGAUUCCUGACUGUAAUGAUGAAGCAUGGCUACAUUGGAGAGUUUGAGAUUAUUGAUGACCACAGGGGUGGGAAAAUAGUUGUCAAUCUCACAGGCAGACUGAACAAGUGCGGUGUCAUUAGCCCCAGAUUCGAUGUUCAAGUAAAGGAACUAGAAAGGUGGCAGAACGGUCUCCUGCCUUCUCGUCAGUUUGGGUACCUCGUUCUAACGACCUCAGCUGGCAUCAUGGACCAUGAAGAGGCCAAGCGAAAACAUACAGGAGGAAAAAUCCUAGGAUUCUUUUUCUAAAACUUAAUACCAGUCUAUAAUAAAACAUUGAAACCA